CGCACAUGAGGUCGGGCAUCACAGCGCGGUGCACCGGAUUCGCGUCCCUUCGUCCAAUGAAACGACUUCGCGCUCUUUCUCGUCUUCUUCAGCGAUCAGUACUCAGCAAGCUUCUCUCGCAAGCCUCACCGUCCGUAACCCUCUCUCUCUCUCUCUCUCUCUUCAAAAGGAGGGUCGCGAACGCGAAUUCGAACUCGUUGCAGACCCGCUCUUUCUCGUCUUCUUCCUUGAGAAGCUUCUCUCGGAAGCCUCACUCUCUGGCCGUCUCGAAGGCCGAGGGCUGCGAAUUCAAACCUCUGCCCGUUGCGGAAGCCCCCCCUUGCCUACCCUGAUGAGAAGGUCGCGGAGGAAAUCAUCCGCAGCAGCCGUCGAAGUCCGCGAUUCGAUUGGGAAUUUCAGUACUAGGUUUUCCUCACCAUCCUUUGUGAAGUGGGUGGAGAAAUUAUCAUCUGAUCAACGAGACGCGAUAAAGAGUGUGGGAUUUGGUAAUCUAUUGCUCAUACCGAAUCACACUCUUAGCAAGAAAUUAUUGUUUGAGUUGAUGGAGAAAUGGAGUUGCGAAAAGCGUGUCUUUGUAUUUGCUCACGGGGAAAUGUCCAUGACUCCCAUAGAUGUUGCUUUGGUUUUGGGACUUCGCGUCAUUGGAAAGCCAGUGAUACUUCAGCAAGAUGAGCCUUUUCGGAUCUGGAAGAACAUUAUGGUGCUGUUCCUGGAAGAGGAAAAUCACAGUUGCUUCAAUUGAGAGUAGACUUGAUUCCCUUGGUGGGGCAGCUGAUGAUGACUUUAUAAGGACGUUUUUACUUUUUACAUUCGGGACUUUUCUUUUUCCAAAUACGAAUGGAACGAUUGAUACUCGUUAUCUUUCUUUCCUUAGUAAUUUGGAUUAUGUACAUCAAUAUGCUUGGGGUUCUGCUGUGCUCGAGGAUCUGAUAAUGUGGCUGACUAGAAGAAAGGAGAAAAGUAUGCAAUAUGUUGGAGGUUGUCUUUUAUUCCUUCAGAUUUGGUUUUAUGAGCAUAUUGACAUGGCUCGGCCUAGUCUGCAAAAUGAUUCCUUAACUUUUCCCCGUGCAUGCCGAUGGGAAAAUAGUAGACCCCAUCCAAGAGAAUGGGUAAUUGCAGAAUUUGAGAAACUAAGAGAUGAUCAGAUAAUCUGGGAGCUUCAUCCUACUGCGGUUGAGUUGGAAGCUGAAAUAAUCAAAGAGAUUUUGCCUGCACGAAAGGAUGACUCCCAAGAGACAAGUCCACAAUCUGGGCCAAAUGAUUUUUUAGCGAAUCUUCCAAUGGAUCCUGAUGUCAAAGCAAAAAUUGUCUCCAAUGUAGAUACGAUUGAUAGAGUACAAAGGUCGGAGAUGUUUAAUGCAUCGAAUCCUUGGUCAUCGCUAGAUGAAGUGAACUCUCUGACAAACACUGAUUAUCUAUCUCACCAAGAAGCGUGCAACGAGAAUGUUGAAUCACCAUCGACAUCAUACGACUCGCCUAGAAAAUCAUUGGCUGGCACUGAAGAUGACUUGAUGUUGAAAAAUCGGAUAUUGGAAGAGAAGAUUGUGGAAUUGGAGAAGGAGAUGGGUGAACUGAUAAAGGAAAACAAUCAAUUAAAAUGCCAGCUACUCUCGAGUCCAUCAUUAGAAAAGGAAAAUGAUGAUCUGAAGAAAGAAGUGGCUGACCUGAGAAGACAAAAUCAAAUGCUAAGCUUCUCUUCAGAUCAUCUUGUGGCUCAGCUUGAGAAAUUGCUCUUGGAUGAGGAAAUUAACGGUACAGAAGAAACGUGACUCUACUGUAAGGAGAAAAUAUUGGAGAGAAUAUGGAUUAUGCAUGCUGAUUUUUUAAGGCAUCGCGUAUGCUGUUGGCAAGCAUAGCUGGGAUCCAUGGCAUAAAAUUCAGCUAAGUAGAGAUGGGGCAGUCGAUCCAGUGAUUGCCUCUUCCUUCGUCCGGGCUUGGGCAGGGCCGAAGGGGUAUGAAGAUAAAUCGUUGUAUGGGUAAAAGUAUGUAGCCAGGCCUUACCUAUCGAAACAAAAGAGAGUUCCCCACUGAUUUGUUUUCGAUCGGAGCAUCAAGCAAGUCGGCAGGCACAAAGGACAACUGCAGAGUAUUUGGUUCGGUCAUAAGCUAUGUGCUUUCUCAUAUUACAUAGGAAAAGUAUUGAAGAUGAGCUGUGUCAAUUGGACAGGAAAAAUUGCGCUUGUCUUUUGCAUGAGCUGUAUAAUACCCGAAGAUUUAAGAUGAUGUUUAGGACACCGAAUCACUAAUUAUUGUAAUCGCCUUGUUUUAACCUCCCAGAACAAAAGGAACAAUUAGCUGUUUUA